AUGAACUUCAAUGAACUUGACAUUACAGGUUUCAUGAGGCCUGUUUCUGAUGAACUGUUGAGAGUUCAUGAAAUGAAGAUUGGUUCCAUCACACUCCAAGUAAUUAGUGGAGAUAUUACUAAGGAAGACACAGAGGUUAUUGUAAACAUAUCAAAUUCAUCAUUUGAUGCCAAAACAGGAGUCUGCAAAGCAAUUAUGGAUGCUGCUGGUUCCCAGGUAGCAAACGAAUGUGCUCAAUAUGCUGGGCAGUAUCAAAAUGGCUUUAUUACUACACAGGGUGGGAACCUAUUGUGCAGUAAAAUCAUCCAUUUGAUUACCAAUAACCAGGUGAAGAGUCAGGUCUCCCAAGUGCUUCGUGAGUGUGAACAAAGGAUGUACAAAUCUGUUGCCUUCCCAGCUAUUGGAACAGGUCAAGCAGGACAGAAUUCAUCCAAGGUAGCUGAUGAAAUGUUGGAUGCUAUAGUGGAAUUUGCAAGACAGCCAUCAGUACAGCAUUUACAGACAGUUAAGAUUGUGAUCUUCCAGACAAAUAUGCUCCCAGCCUUUUAUGAAAGCAUGAAGAAAAGAGAAGAUUCAGGUUCAUCCACAAGAUCAGAACCACCAACGGAAUCAUGGCUAUCUAUGUUUAAAUCCUUUUUUUGGAACAGAAAGCAAUCUUCUGAGAAGAAAAAGUCCAUGAUUUUGGAGAAGAAAGUUAAUUUAGUCACAUUUCAAAUUUGUGGAGAAAGCCGAGAAAAGGUGGAUGCAGCUGAGUCCUGGAUAAAGGAUUUAAUUUCAAAGGAACAAUUUGAAAAUAUUAUUUCAGAUGAGGCAAUUGAAAGUUUUGAUGAGACACAAAUUGCCAUUUUGAAAGAUCUCCACCUAAGAAAAAAAGUCGAAAUUCAGUUUUUAAAUGAGCUUUCUCCCCCUCAAAUUAAAAUUUCUGGUAUUAGCAGGGAUGUCUAUUCCGUUUCUCUAGAAGUUCAAGACAUGAUCCAACAAAUUAAGUCUACUGAAGAAGAGCAGUCCAAGGCAGAACUUCUUUCCAACCUGGUAGAAUGGAGGUAUCCAGGAAGCAACGGUGGCUUUGUUACUUUUGAUAAACUGACAAAUAUGCAGCUGGAAAAUGCCAAAAUGGCUAAAAAAUUAUACCUGGAUGUCAAAAUUAAAAAUAAGAACUACAAGGUGGAUCUGAAUACUCUGAAGGCUACUGAUGACCAAGGAAAAACUAUAAAUCUUCAACGUGUGACAAAGGAUGAAGAUCUGCAGUCAAUAGAGCUCCCUAAGGAGUGGACAGACAUGCAAAAUGAACAGGUCAAAGUGGUGAAGCUCAAGCCAUCGCAUCCUGAAUAUAAAACUGUGGAGAAGAUGUUUCAGACAACAUGUUCCAACUAUAACAUAGAGAAGACCCGGCCCACCCGCUGCUGCCGCCCGCCGCUCGCCGUCUUGGCCGCCGGGCUCCUGCUGCUCCUGCCGCUGCCUCCCUGCGCCUCCUCCUCCUCCUCCUGUAACCACCGCGUACCCAGCGGCGACCAGGUCGUCUAUCAAGUUCCUCUAAAGGAAAAUCACGUCUCGAAGAGAAACGUGGAUCAACAGCUAAGAAUUAAGAUCGUAUAUGACACAAGCGUUGAGGAUUUGCUGCCUGAGAAAAGACACCUUAUAAAGAACAAACUCUUCCCACAAGCUAUAUCUUACUUGGAGAAGACGUUUCAAGUGCGCAAAUCUGCCGGUGCUAUAUUGCUAAGCAGGCAAUGUGUGACAAACCAAUAUUUAAGGAGGAAAGCUGACCCUCACAGAUAUUGCCAAAAAGCCUGUGCAGACCAUACAAGGUGUGGGCCAGUUAUAGUUCCUGAGAAACACCUCCAGCAAUGCAGGGUGUACAAUGACAGCGACUGGCACCGCAGGCCCACGGGUUUACCUGACCAGGAAGGGGUUCGAGAUGCUGACUUUGUGCUCUACGUUAGUGCCCUCACUACUGACAGGUGUGGCCAUGAAAAUAUCAUUGCAUAUGCAGCCUACUGCCAACUGGAAGCUGAAAUGGACAGACCAAUAGCAGGAUAUGCUAACUUGUGUCCAAACAUGAUUUCAACGCAAGCUCAGGAAUUUGUUGGCAUGUUGUCUACAGUGAAACAUGAGAUAAUCCAUGCACUGGGUUUCUCUGCUGGACUGUUUGCAUUUUAUCGUGAUGAUGAUGGAAAACCUUUGACACCAAGAUACGCAGAUGGACUUCCUCCUUUUAAUGAAAGCCUAGGUUUGUAUCAGUGGAGCAAUAAAGUUGUUCAUAAAGCAGUGAGGCUGUGGGACAUACGUGGUGGCAAAAUGCUGCGCCAUGCUGUUCAUCUUCUGGUGACGCCUCGGGUAGUCGAAGAAGCCCGAAAACAUUUUAAUUGUCCAAUUCUAGAGGGGAUGGAGCUUGAAAAUCAAGGUGGCAUGGGUACUGAGCUCAAUCACUGGGAGAAGAGAUUGUUGGAGAAUGAAGCAAUGACUGGAUCCCACACUCAGAAUCGAGUCUUUUCCAGGAUCACCUUAGCAUUAAUGGAAGAUACAGGAUGGUAUAAAGCAAAUUACAGCAUGGCAGAGAAAUUAGACUGGGGACGCAAUAAAGGCUGUGACUUUGUAAUGAAGAGCUGCAAAUUCUGGAUUGACCAGAAGAGACAAAAGAAGCAAUUAAUCAGUCCAUACUGCGACACUUUGAGGAGUAAUCCUUUGCAGUUAACUUGCAGACAGGACCAAAGAGCAGUAGCAGUGUGCAACUUGCAGAAGUUUCCAAAGCAGUUACCUCAGGAAUAUCAGUACUUUGACAAUCUUAAUGGAGUACCAGCAGAAGAAUUGCCUUACUAUGGUGGUUCAGUAGAAAUUGCUGACUAUUGUCCCUUCAGUCAGGAAUUCAGCUGGCAUUUAAGUGGUGAAUUUCAACGCAGUUCAGACUGUAGAAUAAUUGAAAACCAACCAGAUCCUACCAAAAACUAUGGUGCAGAGAAAUAUGGACCAAACUCUGUAUGUCUUAUUCAGAAAUCUGCUUUUGUUAUGGAACAGUGCCGGAGGAAACUCAGUUACCCUGACUGGGGUAGUGGAUGUUAUCAAGUUUCUUGUUCUCCACAAGGGCUGCAUGUGUGGGUCAAGGACACUGCAUACUUGUGCAGCCGCUCAGGCCAGGUGUUGACUGUGAGCAUCCAGAUGAAUGGCUGGAUACACAUUGGCAAUCUGAUUUGCCCAGCCUGUUCAGACUUCUGUGACUCCUGUCCCCCAGAGAGGGAUCCUCCAGCUUCUAACUUAACAAGAACUGCACCCAUUGACUUAUGCUCCUGCUCGUCCAGCCUGGUUGUAACGCUUUGGCUACUGGUGGUCAACUUAGUUCCCCUGCUAACAGGAUUGUUUCUCUGUGCAUAGACUUGAGCUUGGAGCAAGAAGAAGUUCUGAGAUAAUACCCAUCCUGCUGCACUCCUUACUGUGGAGCAUGGGGGUUUUGUCUCUACAGGCAGCUCUCUCCUGCUGAACCUCAUCUCCCCCAGCAAGUAUCGCUGCACACACUAGUCAGGGAGGUGCUGACAAAAGUAGGCAGAGUUUUGAGACCAGGAAAAUUUAUCUUGUCAUCUCAGUAAGUGCCAGUAUUUUCCUGAAUUGCAACUUUUUUUUUUUUUUUUUGACACAGUAACCAGAUCUACUUUGCCAACUGUGUUAGGCUACCUGGCAGCUCAGUCGUGAUUUGAAAUGAGAACUCUUCUGUAAUAGAACUGAGGGCUGGUUUUUUUUGUUAUGUCUGUUGUGUGAUUGGUAGCAAAGCAUCUUCAAACUGGAAAUAUACCUCAGUGGUUUAGUCAAAAGCCAUGUAAAAAUCAGUUGUCAUCACUGCUGAUAACCCAGGUACAAAGAGGCUGGUAAUUUGUUUAUUUGUUUUGUCAAUUCCUACAGUUUAUGGGGGAGGAAAGAAUGUAACUGGAUAGACCUAUGGUUGGCAGUUGCCUCCCAUAACUGGAUUCUGCAGCUUUGAGCCCCCUCAGAAUUCAUACUAGGUAAAGCAGCUAAUUCUUGGGGUUCAUUACAUCUUUCUACAAGCACAAAAUGGAAUUUUAGACUGGUAACCAGGACAACUGUCUAGAAAUCCAAUUUUCAUUUAGCAUGUGCCCCUUCUACUAAGAAAUUUAAUACAUUACAUUUAAAAAUUCUCGAGAGUUUGCUACGCAAAUACAUUUCGGUACUGAUACUCAGACUGUAAAUUUGUAAACAUUUACAAUGUAAAAAUUUUUUUUUGUUGUUGGUUUUUUCUCAAAUAAUGAAUAAUGGCAUUAUUGUUUCAAAACUAGUAUGAACAUUACUGCAGAUGUUCUCACUUCCUGUUGAAGAGCAAACCACUAGCAAUGGCAGCUAUAAUUUACAGGAUCAUGCUGAUAUCUCUAGACCAAAAACUACAUUGAAUGUGUAAGGAAAGCCUAAUCUGUUUUUUUUUCUUCCCUCUACUUUUUCUUGGACAUGUAAAUACUAUGGAUUAUUUGAGUAGUUGUAGUCAGAUGAGAAUCAGAUGGUUUGAGCCACAUGAGGGCACACCUUGCUACAAAAUUAAUCUCUUGAUGACAAAAUAUAUAAGAGGAAGGAAAUGAGUAAAAUCUGUCAAGGUAAGGACAGCUACUCUAUAGGACAAUUGUAAGGAUGUUUUUAUUUAUUUCUGACUAUAAUGUGUAACAAAUAAUCCUGUUCAGAGGUAAAGAAACUCUUGGUGGUUCAAUCCACUGUCUGUCUUUUUAGGACAGUGUUCACUCCUGGAAAAGUGUUAAAUUGAGGGAGCAGACAUGCCCAGUGCACAAAAAAAUGCAGAUAUAGGGAGAAGGAUGAUGUUACUCUGCUUCUUAAAUGUUCUGCGAUAUUAUAAUUGCCAGUGACUAUAACUCUUUCCUAAAUGGAAGGUAGGGAGAUGGAGAAAAACUUCAGCUACAAUUAUACUGUAAUAAUAGGACUUCCAUCAUGAUUGUAAGAAAUUCUUUGUGCCUACUGGACUUGAUUUUGUUAGGGGUUUUUUUUUUAUUUAUUUAAGGAAACUCCUAUGACACUGCUGAGGCAAGUAAGGUGCAAUCUUGAACUGUCUGAAGGCAUCACAGUUGACAGCACCUUGUACUGGGCUAGUUCUUCUUAACUGCAGGUUAAGCUUGCUGUGAAUUACACAAAACGUAGGCUAGCCUUAAAUGAGUGUCUCAGAGAAGCAAUACAAGUCAGGACUCAAAUGCUUUAAAAUUGUACAAAUUGAAUUAGGAAACACUCAGAUUGAUAAAUGAGCACUGACUAUUUUAAUAUAUCCACGAAACAGUCCAUGUAAACUGAUACCUGGAAAACAUAAAGGUUUGAGAAUACGUCUUGAGUCCCAGAGGUUGAUAUUGUAUUUUUUUGUCUGUUGUGCAAUAAUACAGUUGAAAUGUUAUCACUCAACAACAAUGCUUUUGAUACUUGAAAAGAAAUUACUGGUUAUUUUUUCUUACUGUGAAAUGUUUGCACUGUUUGAACUUUCUGGUUAACUUUGUAACUGUUAAACUUUUUAACUGGUGUUAUUUUAUUGUGCUCCGUAUUUGAUAUGCUGGUCUCCUGUCUAAGUGUGAGAUUUGUCAUAUUUAAUUGAAUAUUUUUACCUUCUACACAGUUGUUUAUCUUGAGGGCUUUUCUUCUUUUAAUCUCUCUUCCUGAAAAUUGACUGAAAGACGGCUUAGAAAGUUGCUGCUUACCUACUUCUAAAUUGUAUGCAUUAAUUAAAGAACGGGGAUGUAGUGCUUUGUAUUGACAGGGAAAAAUCUGUCGGCCUGUUGGAGCUCUUGUGGUCAGGAUCACAAGUAGCUGCUAAGUAGCUGCAUCAGUGACUCCAGUGAAGUAAACCUGCUACUGCCUUAAUAAUCUGAGAUUUCUGAGAAAGUAAUUUCUUUGUUGUGCAGCCCUUCAGCUGCCUGUGAACUGCAGAACUGGACAUGACUUUGGGGGGUCGGGCGUAGAAGGUACUUUGGUCAGAAAAAUGCAACAUCUUCUAUUCCAUCAGUGGGUUAGCAGCUGCUAGCAGCUGUAACCUUGUGGGAACUGCCAAGGAAUGUGUCAACUUAAAGUGGCAAUGAAUUGGUAGCUGUCAUACAGAAUAUUUGAGUAAAGCUGACUACCUCAGUCCUGUUUGUCUUUGCAUUCAGCUUUUAGCCUGCUGUGAACUUCCAGAUCUUAACAUGAAUUAAGUAAAAUCAUGUCUCAGGUUUUUAUGAGUAAAAUUACUACAGUAGGAAGCAUAAGCCAUUUUUAAGUAUAGAACACAGCUAAAAUUGUAGCUUAAGCAGAUCAGUUAUGUAGCCUUAAGUGUAGUUGCUGCCGUAAAAUUCUGAAUUCUUUUAAAUAAAUGCAAAGUUUGCUGUUUAGGUGUCCUGACUACAUGUAACCAGUUCCUCCUAUUGCACCUCUUAAGUGUGAAAACUUGGAAAUACAGCCCAUUUAAGCCUUUGUGUUUCCACCAGGGAAGAUUGGGUAGCAGGAGCCCUGGAAGUUGUGCUGAGAUGCAUGAGUUUACUCAUCUGUAACAGAAACAUUUUCAGUGUAUAGCGUCCACAGUUUUAACUUUAUAAUUUUUAAAAAAUAUUCCAUGUUUGCUUAGGGAAGUAAAUAAGUCUUGCAGUCUUCUUUGAUCCCAGUAGUUCAAAUAAUUUCAAUUAGAAGUUGAAACAAGUCAUAUUUUAGGAACACAUUUUUUCUAGUGUUGCAAUUAUAAGGAGGAUGGAUAGCUUUUGGCUGAAGAGUGCAGCAAGUAAAAUCACAUUGAAAAGCAGCAAUUCAUUCCUCCUGAAAUGAGUUGAGGUGUUGGGAUACUGUCACAGCCCUUGAUGUAGGUUAAUUACUGAAAGAGAAUUAUAUCAUCCGCUAAUUGACUGUCAGUCCAACGCAGCUCAUUCUUUCUGCUGAGCACUAAUAAACUGGGGAGACUGAUGUCUGAGAGCAGACAUAUCCACAAUCCCUUAUUGGGAGGGCCAGUUGUUUUUAAAUCUUCCUGUCCUGCAAAUUCUUUCUGCUUGAUGAUAUUCAGUAGAAAGGGAGGUGUAUAUCCUUUCUUUUCCACAUUUCCAAGGAGUGACUUUCAGCCAGCUGAGCAGCUCAAGGUGUUUUCCCUGCAAGAUUGAACCCCUGUUUUUAGCUUGUCUGGAUGUGUGGGUGCCUGCUUGCAUGUAUGUACUGCUCUUCAGGAUCUGGGGCUGUUUGUGCACUGAAUAACGUGAUCUUAAACUACCAGACUUGCAAAGUGCAAAUGUUGCCUUUUUAAUUUGAAGCUUACCUUGGAGAUAAAACAACUGUUUUGAGAGAACUGGCUGACCUUGAACAUGUGUUUCCUAUUUUGGUACAGAAUGUAAAUAUAGAACUAACUAUUUUACACAGAUUUUGGCUGGACUGAGAUAUAAGGGCUAAUUUGUGUUAUUUAUGGAGUAAAAGUUUCCUUAUUUUACUGUUUCAAAAAGGUAUGUCAUGCAACAGAAGAAAAAAAUAUUCUUCAAUAAAAUAUCUGUAGAAUAUUAA